GCUGGCUUCUUGGGAAUCAUGAAAACGUGCUUGUGGGAGCCGGUCCUCCUCGGCUUGUUCCUGGCUCUACCGGGGCCCCUCAGGGCUGGGACCCCCAUAAACAGCAGCCCGGUAGCGGGGACGACGGCCGUUUCCCCAACGGACAGCUCCAGUGGCGUGAACACGGAGUACAAGUUAACUUUCACGUUUCCCUCCAGGGAGAGUUCCCCGCCAUCGCAGAGGGACCUGCUACUCACACACACUGCGGAUACUGAGCAGCCACAAACCCUCAGAGAAUCAUCCACCAAGUCACCGGAGACCAUUCAUGCGUCCACUGAGCCUUUCACCUCCUCUCAUGUUGGUAUCUCCUCUGAGGCCAGCAGCGGUAGCAGCAGAGACUGGAGGGAUACCCUUCAAACUCAAAAUCUUCCCAAUGUGUCCCCGGGUGUCUCUCAUAAAGUCAUGUCACCCUGGAUGGUGACAGAGGACCUGCCGCAGGACAGCCCGGACUCCAAUCUGCGCAUGGGCGACCCCAUGUCCUCCCCGUCACAGACACAAGCGCUCACAGACAGCAUCUUCACCUCCACCACCAUCAGCCGGGCUGGGGAGAGGACACUAUUGUCUGUCACCUCCUCCAGCAAUAGCUCCUCAUCAGCAGUCACAGAGGACUUCAGCUCCCAUCAGCUCCCCUCCACUUGGAGUAUUCCAUCCACAGGGGUCACAGAGACUGAGGACUACACCCACAGUGCCCCAUCCACCAGUAGUGAAGAAACUGGGAGCCGUUCUUUGACUCAGUCCUCAUUUCCAGAACCGGAGAGCCUAGAGACACCAAGAACCUACACCCUUGUUGGACCUUUAAAUGCCACCCAGCAUCAACACAUCCCAACAUCCGAGGAGACUUCACAGUCAACACCCAGGAUGUCCAGCACAGACCCAACUGAUGAGUCUGUCUCAUCCACGCUUCCUGGCGUCCCACCUGUGAGUGGACCCACGUCAUACCAAGAUUCCACUACCGAGCCCUCCACAGAAUCUUUUACUGGAACCGUCAGCUUCAGCACUCAGAGCCAUGAGGGCACAGAGGAGAGUUCAUCUAAGGGCAAAGAGGAGGAAAGUGUGAACUUUGUUUUCACCACAGAGCCAACUCUGGUCAGCAGUACGACAAACCAGUAUGACUCUCGGUUGGAAACAACUGAGGUGUACCUCACCACUAUGACAGUCGCUGUAACUGACAGAUCUGAGAUGACAGAAGAGGCGACAGUUAGAUCAACUGCGUUCACCACCAUCCCUCUGCUGCUCGCCACCUCUUCUUCCACGCUCAGUCGCACCUCCAGCAGCUUUACUUCAGCGCCUCCCACUCAGGCCACUUUCUCUUCUACUACUACCCCCACUACCACUUCCCCCACCCUUGCCGAGCAGACUUCUGCUUCAGUCCCCCCUGCUCUCAUCUCCCCCGCCAGCCAAGCCCCCACAUCAUCAACUGGGGUGAUCCAGCCCACCAACUUCACCACCUCGCAGCAUGAAACGAGCACGAGCGCUCUGGCCGUCACCACGGCCCAAAGCCGACACAUCACUGCUCCUUACACCCACGGCAGCACGACGGGGAGCACAGCGGCUCUGCACACCACCCACAGGCAAACAGACAGGGUGACCACAGAGGGAGUGGUGGCAACAUCUCCCACUCAUGUUCAGCCCACAAAGGCAGCUCCACCAAAAGACCCUUGUGUGUCCAACCCGUGUAUGAAUGGAGGGAUGUGCGUCAGCUACGAGUACCGUCGGUUCAGGUGCGACUGUCAACAAGCCUGGACGGGCCCCACCUGCAACCAGGACAUGGAUGAGUGUGAGAAGGACCCCUGCCCACUGGGCUCCAGAUGUGUGAACACCAGGGGUUCCUUCAGCUGUGAAUGUCCGCUCGGCUUCGACCUGGAGGAUGGACGUACGUGCACCAGAGCAAAAACAUUUCUGGGAACAUUCAGCCUUAACAGAGUGACACAUGACACCAAUGUCUUCAAGAGCGCCACCAUGCAUGAGCUCCAGAGAGAGAUUAUUCAGCUGCUCAAUGCCUCCUUGUCCAUCCUCAGAGGCUACAGCCGUUCCACUCUCAGUAAGAAGGAAGAGGACGGUGUCCGUAUCUCCGCCGUCAACAUGUUUUCCAUAUCCACUGACGUGACCAGCGCCGAGGUCUACAACAGCAUUCAGAUGUCUCUAAAAAACUGCAGCUCCUCGCAGUCCCACUGCCGUGUGGUCCUGCACCACCGGCUCAUGUACCACGUGGAGAGUCUUUGUUUGGCCCAGAGGAUUCAGUGCGACAGCGAGCGUUCCACCUGCACGGAUGUCAACGGCACCGCCCAAUGCCAGUGUCUGCAAGGAUAUUACAAACAUAACCCUGAUGACCUGUCCUGCUUAGAAUGCGGGGAUGGCUACAAGCUGGAAAAUGGCACCUGUGUCCCCUGCAUGUUUGGUUUUGGAGGAUUCAACUGCGGGAAUUUUUACAAGCUGAUUGCUGUUGUCGUAUCGCCUGCAGGGGGAGCCCUGCUCCUUAUCCUCAUCAUUGCGCUAGUCGUCACCUGCUGCAAGAGAGACAAGAACGACAUCAACAAGAUCAUCUUCAAGAGUGGAGACCUUCAGAUGUCUCCUUACGCAGACUUCCCCAAGAACAACCGCAUCUCCAUGGAGUGGGGCAGGGAGACCAUUGAGAUGCAAGAGAACGGCAGCACCAAGAACCUGCUGCAGAUGACCGACAUUUACUACUCUCCUGCGUUGCGGAACUCUGACCUGGAGAGAAACGGCUUGUACCCGUUCACAGGGCUGCCGGGCUCUCGCCACUCGUGCAUCUACCCCGCCCAGUGGAACCCUUCCUUCAUCAGUGACGAUUCACGCAGAAGAGACUACUUUUAACCUUGAAAGAUGCACUUGCACCCUCAGAAACAGGCAAUCUCUGAUACCGACACUCAGAGUCAUUACAAUACUUCAUAUUACUAAAGUACACCAUUUUUCCAAGUAAAAUGAAAGACACUAUUCCUGUGCCUUUGCACGGAUUAGGCUCCUUUCCUUCAAUAGACUAGUAAAUGCAAAACCUUUGGUAUGCUGAGCUAUGGAUACACAGGAUGCAUGGCACUGCACUGAUUUCAUUAAGAGUAUGAGGAUAAAGCUUUGACCAAACAUGCUGUUAAUAAAACCACUACAUUGAAGUUAACAGAAACUGAAGGUAGACUUUGGGAUCUGAUACCAGCCUUUAUUUAUUCACAGAAUGUCCAAAAUGUGGCAUUUCAUUCAGAUACACUGAAAGAUAAACCUGUGGCUUUAAGUGUGUAUGCUUUGUGUGUGUGUGUGUAUUAUUAUUUGUACACUAGAAGUAUUAUAGCUGCCAUUGAGUGUUGGAAUGUACAGAUGUGGAGUUAUUUUUUUAGAAUAUUAUUUUUAUGCUGCAUAUUUCCUCUCAUUUCUGGCGUUUUAGUCAGAUGUCUUUAUUUAAAUAAACACAUAUUGCACAGAAGCUGGUUUGCAUUGUGGUGAUGUCUAUGGAAACGGGAGUAGCGCUUAAUCGAUGAUUAAUCGGUUACCCAGUUAAUCGACAACUAUUUUGGUAUUCGAUUAUCUUUUGUUUGUAUUUUAAAAAUGUGAAAAUCCUCCAAUUUCAGCCUCUCAAAUGUGAAUAUUAAUUUCCUUCGUCCUCCAUGAAAGUGGAAUUUAGGCAAAACUGAUGUGUUUUUUUUUCAGGGCUGAUACCAAUUUUUAAUAGAGAAAAUAGAGGCGACAACAUUUUGAAUUAUUUUCAUAUGUGAUAUAUAAUGAAUAGAGGUGUAGACGAUGCACGAAACAAGAUGAGAUUUUAACAUUAAUUUUAAGAAACACAAAUUGAAAGUAUAUACGACUGGACAAACUUUUUAAAUUUAUCAGAGUCACUAAACAAUGCAGGUGCACUUUUACAUUUUUAUUGUCCCACAAACUGCACUAAACAAUAUUGUCAACAUUUUUUGUGACCAAAUGAACCACCGUUAUGAUAAUAUAAUAACAGUAAGUAAUAAUUAAACAUGUUCCGAUCAGGGUUUUAUGUUGCCGAUUCCGAUAUUGAUCAUCCAUGAGUGAGAUUGGCCGAUUUCUCAAUUUAAGAUGAGUGCUAUUGGUCAGGGGCGCCGUUAGUCAAUUCCAAUGGCCCCCGGCAAAAAAUUAUUAAAAAGUAACCUUUGGGGUGGACUCUCAAGUUCAGUGUCCAGGUUGCCCGGGUGUCCAACUUUCAUCACUUUUACAGCUGUCAACUAUUUGUGUUUUAUUUAUGACUGGCAACAUUUAAAUUGUAUGCUACUUUUAUUUACCAAACACAUCUCCACUAUGUCCACAGUGUGGCCUUCGUCUUUAUGCUAUUUUGUGCUUAUUUGUCGUUAUAAAGGUAAAAGUGUGAAUUGAACGGAUAUAAUAACAAACGUAAGAGUUGAAAUAAAUAUUCUUUGACCCUUUGCGAGCUUCAGCUUCAACAUCUGUUUAUGUUCAUUAAACAAUGACGCACAAAUAGCGUUUUGAGGACAAGACACAGUGAGUAUAAUGACGACGAGAGAGCAAAAUUGUUCGGUGACACUUGGAAAAAGUUAGUACGUACUCCAUGAAUGUGAUAUCGACUUCCCUGGGGGACAAAAACGAGCUUUGAACAAACCGCGUUGCUUUUUGGUUUUAAAAACAGAAUGUCACUGGUAAAAAGUCAAAUUUGGAGUCCGAAGACGAGAAGCUAAACGGAUAAUUCUAGCCAGCGAGCUAGUUAGCUGCCACCACUGGCAAAGAUGCAAGAAAAGUCAAACGGCAAUAGGUUUUACAAACACACUGGCAUCGAUUGGCGUAACCUCAGGUCAUGCUGUCAAACUGAAACCAUCGAGGUUUUUCAGACCAGUGCUGCAAAGUGCGUUCCUUGUCGGCCCGAUACGGGUGUUGGCAAGGGCAGACAUGCACAUUCAUGUCAUGUUUGUGUUGUCAUGACAUGAAUUGUCAUGUUGCUUCCGCAUGGGGAUUUGUUUUUUGUGAUUGGCUUUGAGACGCAUUUAUCAGCAUAUUGCAAUCAUAUUUUUUACGGAAAUCAGCCGAUACUAAUCGGUGGCCAAUGGAUUGGAACAUCCCUAGUAAUAAUAUAUCAUAAUAAUGCAAUAUUUCCUUUCAUACGUCAUCUUUCACUCAAAUUGGUGUUUGUGACGUAUUUUUCCAUAGAUGCUUGAUAUGGUGACCAUAUUGCUACAUUUAUACCUAAUUUUUGAUAUGUUGAGAAACAAACCACUAACUGUUUGUGUUUGCUUCAUAUUGAUUUGGUCCGUCUAGGGCCCAACCGAUUACAAAAAUAAUUGUUAGUUGCAGCCUUGCAAUGUAUUACAGUACUUAAUAUGGAUGAUUUUAGCCUAUGCUAGAAUUGUUAUUGUCGAUUGUUGAUGCUGCAUCAAGUCUUUGUUUCCUUGUGGUCCAGAUGGUGUCAUCUGCAAUAUUUGUUGAGUUCCUUGAUGUCUGAAAUGUAAGUACUUUGGCUUAACUUGACGUAGAUUUUGUAGUUGGAUUUUUUUUUUCCCCGUUUCCCCCUGCUUGCUUAAGUGGAAUGCUUUCUUGGUGAUGGCACCAUUGUGUUUUGUCAGAUGGUCAUUGACGUUUGUUGACGUUUGUUGACGUUGUAGACAUGCAUCUCUCCGCGUCAGCAAUGCAACCUUGUUUUUUUUUUGUUGGUGAACUUUAUGAGGAUGUUGUUAUUCCUGCCAGACAUUGGAAUGCGUGUAUUGAUGUUGUUAACAUCCAUAAUCCACCCUGUUUGAUUGCAGAAAGGUGGCCACCGGUUGCUCUUUUAAAACAACAACUUGUUCUCAUCUUGUGUUAUCCACUGCUCCGGCGUAAGACGUGUGUAAUGCAGAGUCCAUAAUCAAUCUUACACAUCUGCUCUGCUCCGUGUGUGUGUGUGUGUGUGUGUGUGUGUGUGUGUGUGUGUGUGUGUGUGUGUGUAUAUAUCAUCUUAUAUUCAGCUCAAUUCGCAAAUGUUGAAUGAAAGCAACUAGACACUACAGUACUUGUUUGUUGAAAAUGUUCCACUUUCCAUCCAAAAGGCUUCUUCAGUUCUAACAUUUUAGGUGUGGAGUCCCCCUAUUUAUGUCCCUGGCUGGUGUGUCCCCUGGGGGUGGUCAGAAUAGGGUUGUUCUUGCCCGGCGUGGCUGGUGAACGAAAGUCGUCACAACUCAUUAAUAGCGUGAACAUGAGACAAUGUUGGGGGAGAGAUGUCAGGGCGUUGUAAGCAGCUGAUAGGUGAUGCCUAAACCUCCUCUGUUUCGGGAGGGCCUUUCUUGUGGUAGUUCUAGUAUGAAUGAUUGUCUCAUUCCACAGGAAGAGUGGCCACUAUCCAUUUGUUUGGCCAGCAGACAGGCGAAUGAACUAUCGUUAUGCAGGAUGGUCAUUCCCCAGCUACCCCAGGCACAUUUAAAAACAGGCCUAUUGUGGUACAUAAAUUGGGAGACUCCACACUUAAAACUUUAGAACUGAAAAAGUCAUUUGGACGAAAAGUGAAAUGUUUUCAACAAACACAAAGCUGCCUUAAUUCAACCGUUCCGCACUGAGAAUCUACACAGAAAGGAAGAUCUCACUGUGUCAUCUGUCGUCCAGACAGCACUCACUCAUCUCCAUAUGACCAAAGAUUGUGUCACAAACAGGAAGGCUGGACACAUGUUUUCCAUAUUCUGCUCAAUUACCCCGAACAUGUUGAGUGCAUCAUGAGGUAGCUCUAUCUGUGGAGGCAACGCUCUAUUGAUAUUCCUUCCUACAUGGCAGCCUAUUAUGCACAUGAUGGUUCUCUA